AUGCAACUCCUCGCAGCAACUCUCCUCCUCGCCACCGCUCUGGCAGCACCGGCACCAGCUCCAGUCAACAAGGCCUACCUCCCCGCCGAGCCGCUCCCACGCGUCGCGCCAAAUACCUCUACGUGCGCUCUUAGGUAUCUUACCAUGGCAGGCCUCUACACCGUCAACAUCGGUAGGCCUUACGCCAACGGUGAUGGCUGCAAAUUUGUUAGAAAGAGCAUCCGCAAGAAGACCCAGAUCUUGAGCAGCAACCCAGGCUUUGUGUGCGAAGACAAUGGACAUGGCCAGACUAUGCUCAUCUGGAACACGAACCUCAAGUCGACGAAGGUCAACGAUGGCCUGAAGUUGGCCUAUGCGAUGGUUGAUUUCACUUGCGAUCCAUACAAUCCUUAG